CUUCCUUGUCAGUCUGUCCUGAAGUUCUUCUCCAUGGCUCCUCCCAGUCGGAAGAAAAUCCUGCCGGUAUAACCUGAAGGGAGACGGUUCUGCUUCUUGAAGGCACCCAAAGGAAUUCAUUGUAAAAGCGAGAGUCCGGAGGAUAGGUGGCCCUGGAGAAGAAUCGGUACCAGCCAGAGGUUUUUGAAGAGCGGAUGAGAAGCUACAUCUGAUAAUCUUUCUUGAAAUUAAGCAUAUCCAACAGACAGCUUUCCCAAUCUGUUACCCUCCGGAUAAGUUGCAACGUUAAUUCUUCCCAAUAAGCAUGAUAAGCCAGUAAUCCCAGGUGGAGGAAAAUCAUCAAAGAAUAAACAUGAUACAUCAAAAUGAAUCCUGUGGUACAGAACAGAUAUUCAUAUCCUAUUUAACAUGCACGCUUUAUGUAUUAGAAGAAUGGACUGGAGUGGAAUGCCUGGGAGAAUAUUUGAAUUACCUCAUCUAUCUCAUAUGGCUAUUUAUGCCACUACUCAUAGGAUUUCUGCUUCCACUAGUUUUUCUCCUCCUCCUUUAUAUUUCUGCUAUCAUUGUUCAUAUUUACAAAAGAAGGACAGACAUAAAAGAAGGUCACUCGAAUGAUUUCUGGGAUGGUGCAAGACAAAUGUUGGCAACUAUAUGGUAUGCUCAUGCAAGAAUAUGGAAUGGUUAUGAGGUACAUGGUCUUGAAAAACUACCAGAUGGACCAGCAAUGAUUAUUUUUUAUCACGGAGCAACUCCCAUAGACUUUUUGUACUUGUUAGCCACUGUUCUUAUCAGGAAAAGAAGAAUCCUCCAUCUAGUUGCUGAUCAUUUUGUGUUUUUAAUUCCAGGUAUACAGUUAUUAAUUAAUGUGUUCCAUGCUCUGCAUGGAUCUCAAGAAGAAUGUAGAAAAGUAUUAGAGAAUGGAGAACUGGUAGUAAUUUCACCAGGGGGAGUACGGGAAGCACUGUUCAGUGAUGAAAAUUAUACUAUUAUGUGGAGAAAUCGUAAAGGAUUUGCUCAAGUGGCCAUUGACGCAAAAGUGCCCAUCAUUCCCACGUUCACACGAAAUAUUCGGGAAAAUAUUCGAAUAGUUGGAGGACAAAUAAAAUUAUUAAGAUCGAUAUAUGAGUAUCUUCGUUUGCCACUAGUUCUUCUGUAUGGAAACUUUCCAGUUAAACUGCAGACAUAUUUGGGAGAUCCUAUUCCAUAUGAUCCAAACAUAACAGCAGAAGAACUGACCGAAAAAACAAAGGAUGCACUACAAUGUUUAAUAGACAAACAUCAGAAAAUACCAGGAAAUGUGUGGAGAGCCUUGAUGGAACGAGUUUCAACAGAGAAACAAGACAAUGAAUAACUUUGGCAAAUCACUAUGAAAAUUUUUGAAUGAUAUUUUAAUGUGAAAUAUUAUUUAAGAAUUGUUACAAUAGUUUUUUAUUUGCUGUGCAAAUGUAUAAUUUUACAGAAAACCAGACUUUGAAGAUCAUUGUUACAUGUAUUGCUCAGGAAAGUAAAUCUUUCAGUAUAAAUACUUUGUUUUCACAGAAAUAAAACUAUAGUUUAAAAACCACAAUCCUAAUUUGGAAUAAGAUGUAAACAUGAUUUUUAGGCUUUUUGAAAAUGCAUCAAAUAUAUAGCAUAUUUCUAGUACUUCUUAAAUUAAGUGUAAGCUUUAAAUGGAUUGGGACUAAAUUUGGUAUUUUUUUAUAAAACUUGGAUUUUUUUAUUCCAUGUAUUCUCCAAUAUAGUAGUAGUUCUCUUUGAUUCCUCUGUUAAAUCAGGCUUGCGCUAAUUCAUUUUUAUGAAAAAUAUAUUGGAUCAUGUAAUUAAAAGGAACUUUUAGUUGGGUAUAAUUUUGAAUAAUUUUAAAGCAUAAAAUAAUAUUUAACGGUAUCUUUCUUGGACACAAUAGGAAAUCUAAUUCUAUUACACCUUGUUCUGUUUAAGAAAAAAAUUGCAACAAUUGACAUUCUUAUACAGAUAAUCCUCAACUUACACCCACAAUUGAGUCCAAAAUUUCUAUCGCUAAGUGAGACAGUUAAGUGAAUUUUGCCCCAUUUAACUAUC